AUGCCACCCUUGAACAGAGCCUUGUCCGGCGACAGCCCGGUCGGUUCGCAAUUGGCCUCUUCGUUGACCUCCCCUUCAAAUUCUCCCUUCGGAGACACCUUUGGCCCAACAUCAGAUCCUCAAAGUAUUCCAAGAUUUGUCCCUUUGACACAUAAUGAAGCCGAGUCCGAUCCCAUCUUUCAUACAGCGUUUGCCCAGGCCGGUAUUCAACUUCCUGUAUCAUGGCAGACACAGGCCACUCAACUGCUCCAAUUUCAAGCACCCCUUUCUCCCACCGGCUACGUGUCUGUCAGCGACCUAGCGCAACAGAUUUUCCGGGAAACACAGCCGCCGCCGUUGCCCUUGAGCUUGUCUCCCAGAGCAAGGGCGCCGACCCCUUCAAGGACUUCAAGCCCACUAACCAAACCCGCCUCUCUAGAUGCCAUCUUGACCAACGGGGCGCCUUCUCCAGCGACGACCUCCACGAGCUCGCCCGCGCCGCUCCAUGGACCAAAAUUCCUGUACCGUAGCGAUUCAUCUUCGUUCCAAGGUGAAUUCCGGUUACAGAGUCUAGCCACCGAAUUCGGCUUGUCGGGUUACCUGAUGUCGCAAUGUGUCCGUCAAUAUUUCACGCAUCUAUACUCAAUCCGUCCCAUCAUCCAUGAGGGGACAUUUCUGCAGCGUCUGAACCAAGCCGAGGAGCUGUCCAAUGAAGACAAGAUUCUUAUACUCUCGCUAUGCGCCACGACCGUGCUUCAUGCGGCGCCCCAAUCUGAUUUGCCGCUGGACAAGAAGUUACAGCUUGGAAGGCAGUUUGUGGAUCUGUGCUGCUACUUACGAUGUUCCAGCGACUGGGCAGAGACGAGUACACUGUUAUCGAUACAGGCAAGCUACCAUAUGUGCGUUGCACUGUUUGAACUCAAAAGGCCACGUGCGCAUCACUUCUACCUCCGCGAAGCGAUCGGCAUGGCUCUUGAACAAGGCCUGCACCUCGAAUCAACCUAUGCUGGAAUGGACGAGAUCCAGGCCAUCUGCUCUCGGCGCACAUUUGCCCUGUUGUUUGUUACGGAGCGUGGGCUAGCUAUUCUGCGUAACAAAUCGACCCAGAUCACGCGCCUGCCGCGUCUCCCGACCGAGUUCUUCGAUGAGCAAGAUAGGAUCGUUCUUACAGGAUUUUCGGCAUUGGUGGAUCUGUUUUCUGUCUUGGAUGAAAAGUUCGUGCGUGUCUGGAGCGCCAUGUGCCCCGGCGACGUAUCGGCACCGUACCAGCCAGUCGACAAUGUCGCCACCAUCCAGCACUCCUUAAACGAGAUAACGUUCGACAACUCCGCCAUGACAGAUAACCAGAAGGCCGACGUUCUGAUAACCCAUCAGUGGCUGCGGCUGGUUUUCUGGCAGGCCUCCAUGCGCCAGGGCCUCAUCAGUUUUGUCGCGACGGACCCGAUCUUCUCGUCCACAUACCCCAUCACCAUCGCCAAGGACUUGUGCAUGGCCCUGCACGACCUGACAUACGAGGCCAUUCUUGUCCAUGGAAUGGGAAUCUUCGAAAAACUCUUCGAGGUCGCCUAUACCUUGAUGGACGCCCUGACCAUCGCCAGCUGCAAUUGGUCCGAGAGUCAGGAGUUGCGGUACCUGUUUGACGUGUUGAGUGCCAGUCCCAACAGCCAGAAUACCUAUGUGAAGAUGCUUAGGACAAAGAUCGAGAAUGAACAGAGUUCGAAGGCGAGUUCGCCCAUCCCUGCAUAA